CUCUAUUAUAUUCAUGCAAGUCGGACUACCACAUGGGAAUUGUGACCUCUCGUUUAAGUUUUCCUACGAGUGAUGGUCCAGUUGGCAUGGCUGUCAAGGAACAGAGGUCGUGUGCGGCAAAUUUCAGUUUGCUGCUCGGCGAGCAUUCUGCCUUUCGGCCAUGGGCUGCUAGUGGCGUGGCCGUCACUGGCAAUCGAGCGGCUUCGGCGAGGUGAUGCAGGGUUCGAGGUGAGCUCUGGUGAAAUUUCCAUCAUCGUCUCCAUGAUGUCACUGGGCAUGUGCCUGAUGCCCAUCCCGUUCGGGUACGUCCUGGUGCGAUUGGGCCGGAAGACGAAUCUGCUCAUCAACGCCGUCGUCUACGCUGUCGCAUGGGGGCUCAUUGCCUUCGCUCCCUCGCCCCUAUGGAUCAUGGUUGGCAAUUUCUUCGCGGGUCUCGGUAGCAGCAUCCAGCUCAUCAUCGGACCCUUAUACAUAGCCGAGGUGGCCGACAAAGAUAUUAGAGGUGCCUUGAUCAGUAUUUACAUUAUGGCCAUUGCUAUUGGUCAAGUGUUUAUGACGAGCAUAGGAAUAUUCGUUUCCUACUUCGAACUGAAUUUGAUGUCGCUGAUCAUUGCAAUCGUCGCCUUCUUCUGCAUCCUCACGACAGCUGUUGAAUCGACUAGCUGGUAUUUAAUGGUGGAUAAUGAAUAUGAAGCAGAGAGAAGUUUUCAUUACUACUGGAACACCGGUGCUGGCACUGACAGAACCCAGUCCCUGGCAACCCUGAAAGAGACAGUGGCGCUGGAGAUGAAAUCCGCAUGCUCUUACGUCGAGCUGUUUCGGACCCCGAGCAACAUCCGCGCCUCGAUCAUAGUCAUCGCUCAAUCAGUAUUCCAAAGCGCCGGUGGAAUAGUGGCUAUCCUCACCUACGGCUCCACCACACUUCCAGCAUACGAUGGCUUCUGGAAACCCAACCCUACGAUGGCUCUGGUCAGCGUCCUCAACCUUGUUUUCAAUAUAGUCUCGGCGGGUUUCGUCGAUCGAAUCGGCCGUAAACCGCUGACCAUCAUCUCCAAUGCAGGCAACGCACUAGGCACCGCUAUGGUGGCUGCCUACUUCGCCGUGGAACGGCGCACGAAUUGGAACGUGACCGACCUCGAGUGGCUGCCUUACGUUGGGUUUUUGACCUACGUUGCAUUUUACGGCAGCGGCAUGUUUACCGUGCCUCAUAUUCUGGUCGGCGAACUGUUUCCGGUCAAUGUAAGAUAUCACGCGGCUGUCCUGUCGACUAUUAGUAUUGCUGGCAGCUGUGCUUUUUUCAACUAUAUUUACCUCGGCGUGAGUCAAGUUGCAGGAGUAGAUGUAAUGUUCCUGAUCUUCACCCUGUGCAGCAUUUCCGCGACCGUUUUCUCCUGGAUAUUCAUGUUCGAAACGAAGAAUUUGUCCCUGGCCGAUAUACAAGCAAAAAUGACAAGGAACUCGACUAGGGCCUCUGAUCCCACUCCAGAAUUGGAGAAUCGGCGGUGACUGUGACCAUCUAAAUUAUAUGAUAUUUACGCCUUCUGCUGUCAACAUUUCAUCUUGGGAAAUUUUAAAAUAUCUUUGAAGUAACAGAAGUACCUCUCCUGCUUUUUGCGGUUUAUUAAUAUAUAUAUGUUAACGUUGAAGUGCCAGAUUAAAUUGAUGUAUACAUUAACUA